AUGGAGGAAGACUUAUUAACUGCUACCGCGUGCUUUCUAAUUUUGUGUGGUGAUUCACGAAAACGGAAGCGUAAAUGUUGGGUCCGUCCAAGUUUGAAGAAAAGGGAAAAAUAUGGUGGAAAGGAAAUAUUAUCGGAUUUAAAGAAAGAUGACGUUUUAUUAGAACAUCGAACCGAUGGGUGCUUCAAAAAUUUUUUGCGCAUGAGUAGUUCAGAUAUGGAAUUUUUGCUGCAAAAAAUUGCAGCAGUGAUAAGAAAAGCAGAUACUAACUGUAGAAAGGCUAUACCUCCACAAGAACGAUUAGCUGUAACAUUGCGCUUUCUGGCAACUGGAGAUUCCUACAGCAGCUUGAUGUAUUUAUUUAAGAUUUCGAAACAAGCUAUCUCAAAGAUAGUACCAGAAGUAUGUGCUGCGCUAGUAAAUGCAAUUAAAGACCAAGUUAAGAUGCCUAAAACUGCUCAAGAAUGGGAAACAAUUACUAAUGGUUUCAGUGUUCUUUGGAAUUUUCCAAAAUGUGUAGGCGUCAUGGAUGGCAAGCACAUUGCAAUACAAGCACCAAAAAACAGUGGAAGUGAUUUCUUCAAUUACAAAACUUUUUUUAGCAUUGUUCUGUUCGGCGUAAUGGAUGCUAAUUACCGAUUUUUGUAUUUUCAUGUAGGCUCCCAAGGGAGAAUAUCUGAUGGAGGAGUUUUCGAAAAUACAUUAUCCAAAAAACUAUUAACUCGCUGCAAACUCAACCUUCCAGAAUAUAGCUCUUUACCAGGACGUGAGAAAUUAGUCCCUCACGUAUUUUUAGGGGAUGAUGCCUUCCCAUUAUCACCAAAUUUACUGAAACCCUACCCUGGGGCGCAGGACAAAGGGUCUCCCAAAAGGAUAUUUAAUUACCGUCUCAGUAGAGCGAGAAGAAUAUCAGAAAAUGUUUUUGGAAUGUUAUCUUCGAUUUUUAGAAUAUUUAGAAAACCCUUACUUUUAGAACCAGAAACUGCAGAAGUUGUUGUUUUGGCUUGCAUUUACUUGCAUAAUUUUUUAAGGAAUAGUUCAAGAUCUAAAAAUUCCUACAAUCCCCCAGGUACAUAUGACGGUGAAGAUAAAGAUACAGGACGUGUUUUAGAAGGAUCGUGGAGAAGAGAAACUCAGAGUAAUACAUUUACUUCAUACAAGAAAGUUGCACGAAAUGCAUCAACUGAAGCAAAAGAUAUUAGGCAAGAGUUUGCAGAUUUUUUCGUUACACCUUUGGGGAUGGUGCCGUGGCAGAAUAAUUAUUGA